UCGGCACACAGUUCAGUCCGGCUUCUCCGGUCUGACACCAGACAAAGCCUCGUCUCUCCGUCGGUAAUAAACGUAAACGAACACCGUUACAAACACAGCCUGGAAGAGAAGACGGUCGUUACUAGGACUCCUAGGUUUCUAACGCUCUUUAGUCGGGUUUUGAGCAGCCGUGUGGGAAUUCCGCCCUCACGGAGCUAACCGGACAGACCCCGCCUUCGCUUCAUUUGUCAACAAAGGGGUUUGACAAGCUCGGAGAAGCCCAGCCUCCAUGUUGCCUUAAAAGGAUAAUUUGGCCAUCCACGGCCAACAAUCAGACCGAGGGGAACCUUUUUCUUCUCUCCGUGCCGUUCAUAUGGUGCGUUGACGUCCUCCGUCGCCCUUAGAGUGGAGUUAUCAUGGCGGAGCGUGUGCAGCAGCCCCCGGCCAAGCGGCUCUGCAGUAGACCGGGCUACAGCGCGACAUAUAGGCAAGGCCAGCGGGCCGCGGGGGCGCCGUGUGGCGGCUCGGCUGCUACCCAGGGCGGAUCGAGCAAAACCCUGAGCCCGGAGUCUCUCCUCGAUAUCGCGGCGAGGAAAGUGGCGGAGAAGUGGCCGUUUCAAAGGGUAGAGGAGCGUUUCGAGCGGAUCCCGGAACCCGUUCAGAGGCGGAUCGUGUACUGGUCUUUCCCGAGGAGCGAGCGGGAGAUCUGUAUGUACUCGUCGUUCAACACCGGCGGGGAGGAGAUGGGAAGUAGCGGGGAAAGCAGCGACGAGACGCGGCUGCCUUUCCGACGGGGCAUCGGUCUGCUGGAGAGCGGCUGCGUGGACAACGUAUUGCAAGUCGGGUUUCACCUCAGUGGCACAGUAAGAGAACCUGCCACUUCCCCAGAGCCUGAGCUCAUCUGCAACGUCAGUGUCAGUUUCGACCGCUGCAAAAUCACAGCGGUAACAUGCAGCUGUGGCAACAAGGACAUUUUCUACUGCGCCCACGUCGUAGCACUCUCGCUGUACAGAGUACGGAAGCCCGAGCAGGUCAAACUGCGCCUGCCCAUCUCAGAGACUCUUUUCCAGAUGAACAGAGAUCAGCUGCAGAAGUUUGUUCAGUACCUGAUCACAGUGCAUCACACCGAGGUGCUGCCGACAGCUCAGAAACUGGCAGAUGAAAUACUGUCGCAGAACUCUGAGAUCAACCAGCUCCAUGGAGCUCCAGAUCCGACGGCAGGGGCCAGCGUGGACGAUGAGAACUGCUGGCAUCUGGAUGAGGAGCAAGUUCAAGAGCAGGUCAAGCUCUUUCUCUCCCAGGGCGGGUACCAUGGCUCGGGAAAGCAGCUCAACUUACUGUUCAGCAAGGUGAGAGAGAUGCUGAAGAUGAGGGACUCCAAUGGAGCUCGCAUGUUAACGCUGAUCACAGAGCAGUUCAUGGGUGACCCCAGGCUGGCGCUGUGGAGGCAACAGGGCACCACCAUGACAGACAAGUACAGGCAGCUGUGGGAUGAACUAGGGGCCCUGUGGAUGUGCAUUGUGCUGAACCCCCACUGUAAACCCGAGCAGAAAGGUUUCUGGCUUCGACAGCUUCGCAGGUGGAACGGCGUGGACAUUUGUCCCUUGGAGGACGGUAACCAUGGCAGCGAGCUGACCAAUCUGACAAACGCUCUGCCGCAGGGUCCUCCUGGCAACCCAGAUUCACUGACCCGGCCUCACCGCACCGUGUUCACUCGAGCAAUCGAGGCCUGUGAUCUGCACUGGCAGGACCCCCACCUACAGCACAUCAUCACCGAGGACCACUACACCAACUACUGUUACCAUGAUAACCUCGACAGUUCCCUCUUUGACACCCGAGGGUGGCCCCUGUGGCACGAGCACGUCCCUACAGCGUGUGCUCGAGUAGACGCCCUCAGGUCACACGGUUACCCCAAGGAAGCACUCAGGCUGGCCAUCGCCAUAGUCAACACGCUGAGGAGGCAGCAGCAGAAACAGCUGGAGUUCUUCCGCACACACAAAAAAGAGCUGCUCCAUAAAGGCAUUACAUCAGUCACCAACCUGGAGGGCUGGGUGGGUCACCCUCUGGACCCCAUCGGCACACUGUUCGGAACGCUGAUGGAGACGGGGCGGGGCAGUGAGGACGGAGCCACGGCCCUGCUCGACUUCUCAGGCUCGUUGGCCUCAGGCAAGAGGACGGAACAUGUGGUUUUCCCAGUGCAGCAUUUCCUGGAGGAUGGAGAGUCGUUCUUGUCGCUGGCUGUAGAGACAGCUCUGAUUGGUUUAGGGCAGCAGAGGAUGAUGCCAGAUGGCCUCUAUGCCCAGGAAAAGGUGUGUCGCAACGAAGAACAGGUACUGGCCAAGCUUCAAGAAGUCGAGUUAGACGACUCUUUGGUGAAGAUCUUCCGGAAACAAGCGGUUUUCCUGCUAGAGGCUGGUCCUUACAGUGGUCUGGGAGAGUUACUCUACAGGGAAAGUGUCCCCAUGCACACUUUUGCCAAGUAUCUCUUCACCUCCCUGCUACCUCACGACACCGAACUGGCGUACAAAAUUGCACUGAGGGCCAUGAGGCUGCCCGUCCUCGAGUCCACGGCCGCCUCCGGCGACUUGUCACGGCCUCAACAUUUGGUGUCUCUGGUGCCCAACCGUUUCCCUCGCUGGUUCACCCUGAGCCACAUCGAGACCCAGCAGUGUGAACUGGCGUCCACCAUGCUCACCGCUGCUAAAGGCGAUGCACGAAAGCUAGAAACGGUGUUAGAGUCCAUCCAGAAGAAUAUCCACUCCUCAUCCCACAUCUUCAAACUGGCCCAGGAUGCCUUCAAAAUCGCCACUCUCAUGGACAGUCUGCCGGACAUCACGCUGCUCAAGGUCUCCCUGGAGCUGGGCCUUCAGGUGAUGAGAAUGACCCUGUCCACCUUGAACUGGAGGAGAAGGGAGAUGGUGCGAUGGCUCGUCACUUGUGCUACUGAAGUUGGUGUGUUCGCACUGGACAGCAUCAUGCAGAGCUGGUUCACCCUCUUCACCCCCACCGAAGCCACAAGCAUCGUGGCUAGCACAGUCAUGUCCAACAGCACCAUAGUCCGUCUGCAUUUGGACUGCCAUCAGCAGGAGAACCUGGCCAACUCUGCCCACACCCUGGCCCUGCAGUGUGCCAUGAAGGACCCCCAGAACUGUGCCCUCUCUGCUCUGACGCUCUGUGAGAAGGACCACAUUGCCUUUGAGACAGCCUAUCAGAUAGUACUGGACGCAGCCGCUACAGGAAUGAACUACACACAGCUGUUUACCAUAGCACACUACAUGGAGCACCGGGGUUAUCCAAUGAGGGCAUACAAACUGGCAACGUUAGCCAUGACUCACUUGAAUCUCAGCUACAACCAAGACACACACCCGGCCAUCAACGACGUGCUCUGGGCGUGCGCACUCAGCCACUCGCUGGGGAAAAACGAACUGGCAGCAGUCAUCCCCCUGGUGGUGAAGAGCGUGAAGUGUGCCACGGUCUUGUCGGACAUUUUGCGACGAUGCACCUUGUCAACGCCGGGCAUGGUGGCGCUACACAGUCGCAGGAACUCUGGGAAGCUGAUGUCUCUGGACAAGGCUCCGCUCAGGCAGCUACUGGAUGCCACGAUCGGGGCCUACAUCAACACGGCGCACUCUCGGCUGACGCACAUCAGUCCACGCCACUACAGUGAGUUCAUCGAGUUCCUCGCCAAAGCCAGAGAGACGUUUCUUCUGGCGCACGACGGACAUAUCCAGUUCACACAGUUCAUAGACAACCUGAAACAGAUAUACAAGGGCAAGAAGAAACUCAUGAUGUUCGUUCGAGAGAAAUUUGGUUGAAAGGGGAUUAAUUAAAAGACCAAAUCGCCAUUUUUAUACUUGAGUUUCCUUUGUUAUCCUUCCUAACUUGAAGUGAAAAUUUAGAUCUGAUGGGUCUAAUGUGAUGAACGGAGAGGGGUGUAAUUACAGGCAAGGACAUUUUAAAAAGCAGCACUGAUGAGAAAAGUAAAUCUUCCACACUGACUGAGCCCCAAACGCUAUUCACAUAAUAAAACAUCUCAAACAAAUCCUCACUCUCCACUCACUUUGUUGGAGGAAUCUGACAAUUCAGCCUUUUUACAAAAAACUAAAAAAAAAAAAAUGCCUGAAAGCAGCUGUGUGGUAAGAUGAGGUACCAACAAAGCUAAGAAACACCUGAAACCGUAUGAGGAUGGAAAUGAGCCAUCAGCAGUUACAAUGGGGAAACAGGGAUCCUCCUACUUGCUGUGUCUGGAGCAGCAGUAGCUUGCUAACACAGCAUGAGUGUUACAAUUUAUUUAUUUCCAAAAAUAGAGGUAGAUCUCAGAGGGAAGCUGGGCUGCACCUGAUAUUUAACAUAGCAGUGGGACAAGUUAGCUGCGUAUGCAAGCAGAUCCCUGCCAUAAAUUUAGAGGGCGCUCUAACCACAUUGCAACUCAGCAUUUGAGAGCACGCAGAUUUCUCCACUGGGGUUUGUGUGAAAGUCUUCCG